GUAAAUCUGCCAAAGAUUUGAUGUUAUUCGUUAACUAAGUGUUGUAUUAAUAACAUACUUGCUCCAACAUAAUAAAUUAAUCUACGAUGUAUUCAUCAAAAUGUUAUCGACAGUCAAUUAUUUCACAUUCGCCUGAAGUCGUCAUGUAUACCGGAAGUUUAUGAAACAAAAUGUCUGCUUCCUGGGAGCAACAUGUACUGUAAACCAUGUGAACAGCACCAUGUGAACAGAACGUCAUUGCGUUUGCUUCACAAAUUAAUUGAUUUGUUCGAAUAGGAACUUAUUAAAUCGUAAGGAAAACAGUCACAAGUCACAAGUUACUCCCAUACUACAAUAGCAUCAUUAUCGUGGUUUAUAAAAUAGCUUCUUAAAAGAUGAAGGUUAAAAGAGGAAAGCAUGCACGCCGUAUUCUGACAUUCUACAAGGGGAACUUUGGAUUUGAGCCACCUUACAAGAUUCUGGUUGAUGGCACAUUUUGUAAAGCAGCUCUAUCUUUCAAAGUUAACAUAGCAGAACAGGUUCCAAAGUAUUUUAAUUCUGAAGUGAAACUCCUCACAUCAGCAUGUGUCAUGGCUGAAUGUGAAUUAUUUGGGAGUGUCCUAUAUGGACCCCUCAAGGUGUUGCGUCAGUACGAAGUAGCUAAGUGUGGCCACAAGAAGCCUGUCCCAGCCUCACAUUGCCUCAAGUCACUCAUCAGGAAGCGGAACAAGCAGAAGUACAUGCUUGCUACUCAGGACCCAGACUUGACAGAGCUGUCCCGGACGAAGCCAGGCAUCCCACUAUUGUACAUCGCUCACAAUACUGUCACCAUAGAAGCACCUUCUGAAGCCUCCAAGGAAAAGGCUGCCAAUGCCAUGGCUGACAAACUGGGACCAACAGAAUAUGAACACAAUGUGUUAACAAAGUUGAAACUUGACGAGUUUGGGGAACAGGAGAAGAAGAAAAGGAAGAAGAAAAUGAAGGGACCGAAUCCCUUGUCUUGUAAAUCUAAGCAACAUAAACCCAGUCUUCAAACACCAAUUAAAGAAAAGAAAAAUAGAAGAAAGAGAAAACGUAUAAGAGUUGCUGAACACAUCAGAGAGCACUUCAAACAGCAAAUUCUAACCUCCUGACAUGGUUUUACGGUCAGCGCAGAGUGGACACCUGACUUGGUCAGCAGGAAGGCCAACAUCUGAUUCGGUACUUACGUCUUAGUAUAAGUACAGACAAUUAACCAGUGUAUGAAAUAGUGUCUGCCCGGUGGCCCGCUGUUUGCUAGUUACAUGGCGGGCUUACAACUUUAUUUUAUAGCCAGUCCUGUGGGCCAAUACAUUUUCCAAGGGUAUAUAUUUGACCAUGUCAUUGAUUACAGGAAAUAUUUCGAAAAUAUUUUACAAUUGUGGUAGCUAGACGACGUCUGUAUAGUUCAUGAUGAAUCAAAUCAUAACUUCCACAGAUCAACCUACCCAUUUAUCUAACUCUAAAUGUGAUUGGUCUAGAGAAUGCUUUCAGCUAAUGAACAAUGUUGUUCUUUUCUAAUAGUAUGUAACAAUCACACAUCUAUGAAUAUUUAUUUAUUCAUUAAUUACAUUAUGAUAACACCUUUUCUCAGUUUCCUAUUUCUACAGGGCUGGUUACAUGUUACAGGGCCAGCAACAUGUUUCAGUUAUCAGCCCUGUGGGCUUCCUGGUUUCUUUAGGAGUUUCAUACACGGACUUAACAAAUAUUAUGUUGAAGUUGAUUUCAUGAAAACUUCCCGACUGAUUCAAUUGACAGAAAUACACAGAGAUCGUUCUGUAUUUCUUUCACUGUGUGAUACAUACUACUGCACAUGGAAUGUCAGGUUCAGGUCAGGUUCCAUCAUGGUCAUUAAUGACCCAUUCAAGACAACAGACUGUAACACUGUCAUUGAGUGUCAAGUUGAAGAUGGUCUAUAGUUGUUUCCUUGUUUCAUCAGGAUCAUAUUGAUUCAAACAGUUUUUCUGUGUUACUUGUUACAAGAUAUAACAAUGUUCUCAAACCUAUUGACGUUCAUUCCAUGGCGUCAUGAUAUAUAUAUAAUACUGAGAAAGUGUAAUCCCAAAUUUAACAAUUUAGCAUGCACCAGUAUGUUAUAUUUGUAAUAGUUCUGUAGAAAGUCAGGGGGUUUAUUGGUAACGAAACUUUAUGCCUUUCAAAAUUUGUACAAGAUGGUCUGUGUCAAUUCAUUUUUGAUGCAUACGUUUUGCACACUAACAUUAUAUUGUGAGUUGUUCAGUUAAUGUAUCAACACCCCUAUAUUUAUGUAAUUGUUGGACAUUAUGUCACAAUGAUAAAGGGAGACCCUGAAUAGUCCUCCAUGCCUAUUCCAUUGGGUUCCACAGUGUACAUGUAAUUGAACUCAAUAGGGAAGGUGACCGUGUGUGGCCUGAUUAGGAUUUUUCUCUCAUCUAAAGAGGGAACACCAUGUUUAUUAGAUUCAGUAUGAUAAGAUUAUAAUUGUAUCGUAGUCAAGUACAUGGUGUAGGUACUAAACAAGAAAUGAAUUGAAACCAGUAUUGUUCUUAUUGCUUUCAACAUGCCUGUGUUGAUUGACAUUAUGGGAAAAUUGUUUAAUAGUAAGUUACAUUUGUUUGCUAUUUUAGUUUGAAAUGAUAUUUUGUUGCAGUCACGUUGAUACCCCUCAUUAAAGUUUCAUGUAAGUGUUAUGUAACACAUUUUUUCAGAAUAGGGAAGGUAAUGAAACUUUAACCACCUGAAUAUAUUGGAAAGUGAACAAAGGGUGCUGACAGCAUGUACAUAGAAGUAAAUCUUUGUAUGAUUAUCAUGAUGCAAUUUUGUCUGAGAAACGCCUAACACAGGAUUACUCUGAUUCCAUUUAAAAUAAUCCUUUUGAAUAUAUAUCUGGCCCCUUCA